UCCAGGCGCUGACUCGCGGCUGCCGGCCCCGCCAUGGUGGUGCCAGCGCGGCGCGUGAAGACGGAGUACAUGAAACGGUUCAAGGAGCCCAAAUGGGAAUCGUGCAGCGCCUGCUACCUAGAGCUGCUGCGCUAUCGCCUCAGCCGCCGCCUCCUGGAGCAGGCGCACCGGCCCUGGCUGUGGGACGGCUGGGAGCAGGACAGCGGUAGCGGCGGUGGCAGCAGCACCGCCGGGUCCCCCUCUCCACCGGUCGCCGGUAGCCCCGCAGCCGCGCAGGAAGAGGAAGCGACAGCGCCAAACGAGGCGGGACGGGCGAGUCCUGAAAAAGAAAAAGAAGAUCAAGAAAAGCAACAGAGAGAAGAGCCAGAAAAAACUGUAGAACACAAUCCUGCAAAGGAAGCAGACAAAACUAGCCGUACAGGACGACGUCCGAGUCGAAGUGCCUUGUCCAGUCGUAACGAUCGAAGAUCAGCCAAGAGUCCUCAAAAGACAGAUGCACCAAAGGAGAAUAAACAUCCAUUUGCUCUGUAUGGGUGGGGAGAAAGACAGACAGAUACUGGAAGCCAGAAAACACACAAUGUCUGUGCUUCUGCUUCAGCAAACGAAAUUCACGAAUCUGCUCUACGAGCAAAGAACAGGAGACAAGUGGACAAAAGGAAGCUUUCUCAGAGGCGAGUACGAUCAGCAGAAGCAGAGAAAGCUUGGCAAAUAAAGCCCUCCCCACCAGAUAACCCUUGGAUGACAGAGUAUAUGAGAUGCUACUCAGCAAGAGCUCGGUGAAUGUGGAUUCCUUUGGGUAUUGUCAAAAGUUAGGCAUAUCAGGACACUGGUGCAAGGAACCAAACCACUUAUGCAAGGUUUUUAUAGGGAGUUUCCAGCUAUUAAAAUAUUUGUUACAGUAUUUUUAUCUUGGCUACCUACCUCACAGUGGGGUGUAUUGUUGGAGCCAUAACAUUUGAAGAGGUUUUUAGAUACAGCUACCCAAACUUUUAAGCAAUUCUCCUUUUGGGAACUUUUGUAAUGUUUUAGUUGACUCAUUUUAGGGGUGGGAGUGGGGGAACUCUGGCAUACUGGAAGUCAAAACACAUUUUUGGUCUUGGUCCCAAAUAAUCUGUUGUCCCUUAUUUUUAGAAGCCCAAGUCAUGGGGAGUUAGUGUUGGGGAAAGACUUUUAAAGGUGUGAUGGAGGUGCCUUUACAUUUAUAAUACUAUUUGAUUUAAUAUUUCUACCAAAAUAAGUCUAUUUAGACAGGCAGCAGGAAAACCAGUGGGUCUGGCAAAUGGCACCAAUACAUGUAGGUGCUUUAGGCAGGCAAAUACUGUCUGUAUGUACAAGCUUUGAAAAAGCCUUGUGUUGAUGCUAACUUUUACUGGCUUCCAAGGUUGUUAGAAUGAGCUACCAAUUUUCAGAGCAAGAAACAGCUACAGGAUUGUUUUGCUAUUGCUGUGCCUGUUGUACCAAAUAACUGAUGCAGACAAUCGUAAUCCAGUAGCUGCUGCUCAGUAAGCAGUUGCUUGUUCUACCAGUAUCAAGUUAUACCAUUGUAUUAAGCUUGUGAUCACAUUCACUAUAUGCUUAACCACAUAAAUGCAUUUAUUGGAGAGGGCUGGCUCCUGUCUAGUGAAGUCUAUUUUUAACACUUAGUAUCUAUUAUGCUCAGUGGGGGUUGGAGUCCAAUAUGCAUUCCAUUUGGUGGCAUUGUGCAAGUGCACUGUUAAAGAUUUUUAAACUUGAAGAUCAUGUUGAUAGAACUUGUAGAUGAAGUCCUGGGUAGCUUUCUGCCUCUCAAAAUUGGUGCAGAACUCCUUACUGCAGAGGGAUGAGUGCUAGGGGGAAGGAGGUGAGGUGUACCCCUUAAUAAACAAGAAUAUAUAAUGGAAUUUGAACACUCAUUUUGUAGGUCCUACUUCUACAUAGUAAGACAGUCAUUGUUUGUGAGAUCCUCAGUGGGUAUUUUUCCCUCAAGUUGCUGUAGAUGUUUUCAGUUUGAUAACUAAGCUUUAGGCAGAUUAUUGCUGUAGUUGUGAGCUUCAAGGUUUUGUUCGGAUGUGUUGUGUAUUAAGUUACAUAUAUUGGUUAUCUCAGUUUAAUGUUUUGAAGCUUGCUUUACAGACUGGACAUCUUCUCACAGGAAGCACACUUGCACUUCUGCAGCAGAAACCUGCACUAGUCUUAGCUUCAUUCUACAAUCUCAGUGUGUAAGCAGGACUCUAGAAUUACUACUGCAACACAGAAUUACAUACUUAAUGAAAAGUUCCAUUGUGUUACUGAAUGACAGUAAUCAUGCCAAGGGAUCCAGCACUGCUGCCUCCUAGUGUUAAUUACAUCACAUCAGUAGAGGUUUCAUUACUCAGAGCUUUUUAUCUUACUAGAUGUCUCAGAAUCCACAAAAUUGUAAUCUGAUUUUUUUUACCUAUCUUUUAAGCAUAAAGAUAUAAAAAUACAGGGAACUCUUCAGGCUACCUACUAGUGAACUUACAGGUUUUAAAGCUGGGAACGCAAUGUAUAAUUAAGGAUGUCUUUUACAGCGCAAAAUUACUGUAUGCUAACUCUUAAGGCUAGAAUUUAAUGCAGCUUUAGAACAGUGCCCAAAGCUGAGGUGGACUGUUCCAGAGGAUGCCUUUACUACAUAUGAGAUUCCUUUAAUUUCCUUUUAUGCUGUUUCAAUUUGGAAAUCCACCCUAGCUUUGAAUAACAGUAUCAAAGCACUAACUCAAUAGUUUAACAGCCUUAUUCAAUAAAGUCUGCCUGUUCCUGUUGCCCACAGGCUUUGAAGGCUUUUAUGUAACUACAGCAGAUGGACUGUGACCUUAGUGCAUUUUGUCACAUUAAACAGUUUCCAUGAUUGUGCAGGGCAGGACUCACCUUGCCAUGCUUUCAGACAGCUUCUCUUGCCACAGAGAGAGGAGCCUUAAGUACCCAUUUUUGGAUAAGUUGGAUGCUGGUCUUUCCAAUAACUUUAGGAGGCUUAAAUGUACUUUGGAAACUGGGUAACAAAACAUCUCCAACAGGCUUGUUCAGGUGUUCUGUGGAGGAUGAGAAUCUUCA